AUUUCAUAAUCAAUUUAAAGUUAACUUUAACUACUAAAGCUCCUUUAACUUCUAAUAUGGAUUUCAUAAUUCAUUUUUAAACCUCCUUUAGUGCUAAAGGCACUUUAAAUUUAAACCGCCAGGUUAUCCACUUUCAGACGCUAAAGUUGACUUUAAAGCUUCUUUAAAGUGAUAACCUAACCUCAAUUCAGUUUAAUCUUUAGUUUUGGUUCAGCCACGUUUUGUCAUUUGUGCGUUUUGUAAAAACUUCGUUGUUUUUUAUUUGAUUAUAAAAUGAAUUUAAUGGAUACGGAUACUUCAUCAAGUUCGAGUUCAUCAGAAGAAGAAUUAGUUUUUGUUCGGAGAAGAAAAAUAUACCGAGAUCGUCAAAAUUAUUACGAACUAUACGAUGAUUUGGAUUUUUUCUGUAGAUUUCGUUUGACGAAACCUACAGUAAUGCAAGUACUAGGAGAGAUUGAACCGCAAAUCCGUUUACCUACAAAUAGAGGAGGAUGUGUCCCACCCUUGCUACAAUUAUUGCUAACAUUAAGAUUUUUUGCCACUGGGUGUAUGCAGAUUACUGCUGCUGAUUUUAUCGGUGUAUCGAGGGCUACGGCAUGUCGUGUUAUAUCAAGGGUAACAACAGCAUUAGCAGCUCUAAGGCCUAGAUAUGUGAAGAUGUAUUCCGAUAAUGCCGAAAUGCAAAGAGCAUCAGAAGAUUUUUAUGGCUUAGCGUCGUUUCCAAGAGCAAUAGGAGCAAUAGACUGCACUCUGAUAAAAAUUGAUUCGCCUGGAGGAGAAGAUGCAGAAAUCUUCAGGUGCAGAAAGGGUUUUUUUGCAUUAAAUGUUCAGACUAUUAGUGAUGCUAAAUUAAAAAUCCGAAACAUUGUUGCAAGGUGGCCAGGAUCUGUACACGACCAAACUAUUUUUAAUAAUAGUCAAGUCAAAAGAGAAUUUGAAACAGGCAGGUACGGAAGGUAUAUUUUAGUUGGAGAUAGUGGAUAUGCAUUAAAAAAAUAUCUAAUGACAAAACUGUUGGAGACCAAUACCGAUGCUGAAAAUUUAUACAAUGAAUCCAUAAUACGAACCAGAAAUGUUGUCGAGCGUCAGUAUGGUGUGUGGAAGAGGCGGUUUCCAAUUUUAAAGAAUGGGAUGCGGGUAAAGUUGGAAACUGCAAUGGAUAUUAUUGUUGCUACGGCUGUAUUGCACAAUAUUGCCCUCGACAUGUCUGAAGACAUCCCAGGGGAAUGGCUAGAAGAUGCUGAAGAGGGAGAAAAUGCUGAAGAGGGAGAUGGCAUUUUGGAAUUGCCAAAUGAAAAUAUUAAUUUUGGUAGACAAUUUAGACAAGUACUAAUAAACCAACACUUUGCUGGACUUUUGUAACUAUCGAACUUGUAAUAUAAUUGUUUGAAAUACCUUUUUAGCUAAAUAAAAAUUUAUUUAUUUGUU